ACUUCGCUAUGGCUACCGAAAGUGACAGUUCCCAAAUUUCUGAUAAUUUUAACAAAUUAGCGUUAGAAAAUGGAAAUACUGUAAUAAGCAAUAAAAGUACUGCCAUACUAGAAACAGCAGAAUAUGGUCUGCCCCUAAAAGAAGUGUAUAAAUUAGGUUUUAACUUUUAUAAAGAAAAAGAAGGUAAAGCAGUACACUUUAGCUAUGAAGACAAAUUACAAUUAGUAGCAUUCUCCCAACAAGUACUUCACGGCCCCUACGCUGACGCAGUACAUAAAUUACCCCCCUUGGGGACCUUAGAUGUUGUUGGUAGAGAUAGGAGGGUGGCGUGGCAAAAAUUGGGCCAACUUUCGGCCGACCAAGCUAGGGCAGGUUUUGUAGAAUUACUUAGUAGAAAAUGUCCUUUAUUUUCGACAUACAUAGAGGCACACAGGAGAGAAAAGAAGGAACAAGAAAGGCGAGCUCAGCAAGAAGAGGAAAGGCAAAAGGUGGAAGAAGAAGAAAAGCUGAAGAAAUUGGAGGAAGAAAAAGUACUCCAAGAGGAAAUUUGGAGACAGGAGGCAAUUAAGAGACAGAUCCAAUUAGCUUUAAAUCAACAAACCUAUGAACAGUUUAGGAAGUAUGCAGAGCAGCAAUAUCCAGGCGACCCCGAAAAACAAGGUUCUUUGAUAAAACAGCUACAAGAACAACACUACAUUCAGUAUAUGCAACAAUUACAGGCGACACAAAGAGAAAAAGAAAAUCAGAAGGAUGCUCAUUCGGAUAAAGAAGAUGCCGUUGACGUUGCAGAGCAGGCAGACGAAAAAUCGAUUUCAAACUCACAAAACAAUGAUACAGACGAGCUGAACAUCGUAACUGCCAGUAUGUGGACCAGAGCAGAAGUGGAUGCUUUCAAACAAAGUGUAUCGCAAGGAGAAGGUGACGGUGUCGUGAGAGUGGGCCACGGAGAAACCGUUACCGUCAGAGUACCGACACAUCCGCAUGGGUCGAGAUUAUUUUGGGAGUUUGCGACUGAUCAUUACGAUAUAGGUUUUGGCGUAUACUUCGAAUUUGGAACCCCCAAGACUGAAGAAGUCUCAGUACACGUUUCUGAAAGCGACGACGAAGAUAUCGAUGAAUUAGACGACGACGACGAUGUAUUCGAUGAAGAGACGAUACGAACUAGCGAUUUAGAAUCAGGUUCCGUCACCGUAAACGGCAUCUCCAAACCUCUCCUUCACGAGAUCGUGCCAGUAUACCGAAGAGAUUGUCAAAAUGAAGUCUACGCAGGAUCCCAUCCCUAUCCCGGCAAGGGAGUGUAUUUAUUGAAGUUUGACAAUUCGUAUUCCCUUUGGAGAUCCAAAACGCUUUAUUAUAGAGUCUAUUAUACCCGUUAGGUUUAUUUUAUUAAAUAUAGUUUUUUAUUUUAUUAUUUUGCUGUGUAAAGGUCACUGGAAUGUUUCCAAGUGGGCUUUAAAAAAAAUGUUUGAAAAUAUAUUAUCCUGUAUUUAUUGU